GUUCCCCGGUCAACUGAAUGCAGAUCUUCGCAAACUGGCUGUAAACAUGGUUCCUUUUCCACGUCUGCACUUCUUCAUGACUGGAUUCGCUCCUCUGACGUCCAGAGGCAGUCAGCAAUACAGAGCUUUAACUGUACCCGAACUCACUCAACAAAUGUUCGAUGCCAAGAACAUGAUGGUGGCGUGCGACCCCCGACACGGCCGGUAUCUCACUGUUGCGGCCAUCUUCAGGGGCAGAAUGUCCAUGAAGGAAGUUGACGAACAGAUGCUGAACAUCCAGAACAAGAACAGCAGCUACUUUGUCGAAUGGAUCCCCAACAACGUUAAGACUGCCGUUUGUGACAUUCCACCCAGAGGCCUGAAAAUGUCUGCUACUUUCAUUGGAAAUUCCACUGCAAUCCAGGAAAUCUUCAAACGUAUCUCCGAACAAUUCACCGCCAUGUUCAGGCGCAAGGCUUUCUUGCAUUGGUAUACCGGCGAAGGCAUGGACGAAAUGGAAUUCACUGAAGCUGAAUCCAACAUGAAUGAUUUAAUUUCUGAAUACCAACAGUACCAAGAUGCAACCAACGAUGAAGAAGAGGAUUUCGAUGAGGAUCAAGAACAAGAAGUGGAUGAAAACUAAGUCAAUGGGGAAUCUCAACAUGUACUAGUAAAUUAAAUUAUAUUGUUAAUUAAAUAUUGUAAAUUAGA